AUGCGGCAAAUUUUCUGGAGAACUUCCACGACUCUGUUGGUUAUCAUCGUGAUCGGCCUGUUCGGCGUGUCAUCUGAAGUGGAUGGAGUGGAAACAGUCAGAUUCCGGCGCUACUACAGAAACGAUCAUAGGGCUCCGAGAGCAGCGACGGCGAGAAAAGAGCGGAUAUGGCCGGAGGGCAUCAUUCCGUUUGUGAUCACUUCCAACUUCUCAGGUGAGUGUUUGGUGGCGUUGCACCUGUCGAAACAGAUAGUUUAGUCAAACUCGUUUUGUUUUGUUCUGUUUUUUUUCAGGCGAGCACCAACAUCUAUUUUUGCGGGCGAUGCGUCAUUGGGAGAAUUACACGUGUGUAUCUUUUGUGCCCAGACAACCUCAUCACAAACAUUAUAUCACUUUUACCGUGGACAAGUGCGGGUAGGAUUUUUUUUCGAAAAAAAAACUGAAUUUUUCGUCUCUUUUGAAGUGGAAAAAGAACCCGAACGAAUGCGUCAUAAUAGGAUUAUUCACUUUCAAUUCAUUCUUUUCAACAUAGUUCUACAGUUGAGAAAAAACGCAUUCUCUUCCGUAAAGAAAGAGGGAAAUGUGAUAAGCAGGUGUUCUUAUCAUCGUGUGACGUGGUCCUUGACAUGUUACACCACACAAUACUCUCGGUGUCGUUCUCUGUUUCACAAUCACACAUCUUUCAUUCUUGGUUCAUUUGGAACGAGUAGGAAGAAUAUCCUAUGCAAAUCGAUUCAUUCGACACCCUCUCCUAUUUUUCCAGACAGACAUCCGGGGGUGUAGUUCUCGUUUUUAAGACCGUCUCUAAUUGGCAUCACUUUUUUCUCGCUCGAAAUGUGAGAGCAUCCACCUACAAGAAAAAAAAACAGCUAAAAGAACUCUCGGACGUACAAAAGUGCAGUUCCCUUUUCCACAUCGCUUUUUCAUGUUCAUGUAGCAAGUCCUUUAGAAUUUUCGUGAGCCUCGAUAGGAUUGAGGGUGGGAACAUGAGCCGAAAAGUUUUUAGACGGGAUUACCCGCGCCGCAAUUCGGGACGACGUCCCCCAAGGUCCUUGAGAAAUCCCCUCAUGUGUCCGGCGCCCGAGGUGUAGUCCUAAGCCAUAUUUUGAUGUCAUUCAAGUUUUCUUGGUCGCGGAUGACGAACUUGAGAUGCUUUAUGAGCUUAUGUUGCGUAGUGAAGUGGUGAAAAGUCGUAAAUCAAAAACGUUUUGAGGCAAACUUUUUUUUGAUUUAGAUGUUGCUCUUACGUCGGACGACGUGGAGAAGGUCCUCAGGCGAUUUCAAUUGGAAAAAACUGCGACAAGUUCGGAAUAGUGGUGCAUGAACUGGGACAUGUUGUAGGGUUUUGGCAUGAGCAUACAAGACCUGAUAGGGACAUGUACGUGGAUAUCUUUUACAAGAGCAUACAGACAGGUUUGUUGAUCCGCGUCAUCCUUAGCCUGCUCCUAACACAUCCUUAGGCCAGGACUACAACUUUGAAAAGUCAAAACCCGAAGAAGUGGACUCACUGGGCGAGCCCUACGACUUCUCUUCGGUACUUUUGCUCUCCCGGCUCUUCUGACUUGAUUUGACGUCCUUCAGAUUAUGCACUACGCCAGAGAUACUUUUUCAAGAGGCGCCUUCUAUGAUACCAUACUACCAAAACCCAGUUCAGGUUCCAGCACCCUUCCAUUCAAAGUUUGAAUGGAAAAACCAUCCAAAAUGUUUUCAGGAUUCCGCUCCGAAAUAGGCCAAAGAGUUCAGUUAAGUGAGGGAGAUAUUCGACAAACUAAGAAACUCUACAAAUGCGCAGGUUUCAGUCGAAUCUAAGAUUUUUCACAUUACAUGUUUCGUUUUUUCCAGAUUGCGGUGGCACUUUAAUGCAAGAGUCCGGAAAUCUGGCAAUUCAACACGAAGGCACAUGCAUAUGGCACAUUAUCUCGCCGCAAGGGCACACCAUCUUUCUGAACAUCACAGGUCUCUCUUUCUCUUUCUCUCUCUUCCUUCGUUUUCCCUCUUUUGCACGCAUUCAUUCAACUCUGCCCGGAAAUGGGAUUUUUUGCGCUUCUCAUUCUCACUUCUCACUUCCUCGUCAUGAUUGCUGAAGCGGAUCCGCUGGCGUGGAAAAAACGUUCUCUGAAGUUAUUGUCAAAGUAGAAAUUAAAGUUCCGGUUCCGAGUUAUCAGUUGAGUUGCUUGUUUAUCACAUAGUACGCGUGGUUAUCAAUCAGUGGUCUUCCGAGAAAAAGCGCUCCUAACUCCCUACUGACAAUGCCGGCGCCGAUAAAUCACGGUUUGCGGAUGCGGAUGACGAGGCGUGGGUGAUAUUGCUGUUCCUCUCCCCUCCACAGAGAAGAUCCGUCGCGACCGACUCGCACCGCUUUUUACCCCAUUUCAUUUCCGUGCCAAUGUAAAAGUGUAAGUGUCUCUGGCUCUCUUAUCCCGCUGCUCGGUGUUCUUUUCUUUUCCCUCCCGUCUUCCACCUCCCCGCCUGGUCGCCGCGACUGUGAGCGUGUGCACACAUACGCACCAGCUAAUGACUUGCCCACUAGCACAUAAACCUCAUAUGCGAUGGGGAGGAAGCGAAUGAGAGGGAAGGCUCGGGAGGCCCGAUCCCAUCGUUUUUUCCUGCCGUGUCUGCCGAGGAGGCGGUGGCGGUGGCGGCGAUAGGAACAACCAGCGACCUCUUUUCUUUGUCUUCUUGUUCUAUUCUACUAACUUAUUGAUUCAGUCCACUGGAUCGGCGCUGUUCGCAAUUUGGGGUCAAAGUGUCUAGAGAACACAAUUAUAUAUAUUUUUCCAGUUUUUUCUCGUUUACACAUGUCCCAGCUUCAAAAAAUCCAAAUAAAAUUCAGGAUCUACACUAAACCCACCUGCUGUACCAUGCUCGGAAGAACGGGGAAACUUCAUAACAAUUCGCGACGGAGUAUCAAUCGCCUCUCCCGUGUUAGGUUUGUGUUGUGCCUUCACAUUACCUAGUUUUUUUCAUAAUACCCCGUUUCCAGAUCGGAUUUGUGGAGAUGAUACCCAGUUUCGGACCAUCGCCUCGUCUGGAAACCGAAUGACGAUUCAAGUGAAAUCCACGGACCCCUCUCCUUCUCUGCCAUUUGCCACGUACUACGCCAUCUGUGGAGGACCAAUUUAUGCAAACGAAGGAGUUAUACACGUGAGACGAAGAUUGGUGCGUUCAUUUAAGGGAAAGAUGAGUUUCAGAGCCCCAAAUAUCCUGAAUCCUAUCCGCCAAACAGUGAUUGUCAGUGGACGAUUCAUGUGGACGAGAACAGUCAAGUAGCAAUUGAGUUCGUGUACUUCCAUGUGAGCUUGGCUUACAAUUUUUCGGGUUUUAAUGACUUCUCUCAGUUGGAGCAACACAAAGAGUGCAUAUAUGACCGCCUGAUCCUAACCGAAGGAACACCAAAGUCCCAUGAAGUGACCGAAACGUUCUGUGGACUAAUCGAGAAAAAGACAGUCGUCAGCAAAACCAGUCAGAUUUCAUUACGGUACCCCAUUUCCCCUUUAUCUACACGCUUUCUUUGUCGUCAGAUUCUUCUCUGACAACUCGGUUCAAAAGUCAGGAUUCGAAUUGCGAUUCUCAAAGGAGCUCAACGAAUGCGCGACUGAAAAAAAUGUCUGCCAUCAUUAUUGUGUAAAUACUGUUGGUGAGUCAAAUCAGGAAAAGAAAACGCAGAAGCGGAGGUCAUUUAUCUUUUUCGAAUGCCAUGCAAAAAAAAUUUUCCACGACAGCUGUUCCGUUAGGGGCGACGCCCGGGCUUUCUUGAUGGGGAUCGAUGUACCAUAGGACAUCUGCUCUAUGAUUUUCCACCAUUUUCCCGUUUUAGAAUGCUCUUGCCCUUUGUCUUAGCUGACGCCGUAAAAGGCCAAAAAGUCAUAACUUUUUCCUCUAACGGUAUCCAGGGAGAUGCGAACGUCAGCGCGCAGACAUGUUGAUUUACCACCAUACUUUUGAAUGUCAAGAAAAUGUCAUCGAAUUUCAUCCUUUUUUCAGCUCAAAAAAAGCCGUUAACGCUGAAAUUGUGUGGUGAAUGGGAAAUUGAAAAUUGAAAAAAAAAGAGCAGAAGGAAAUAGGAAAAAACGGACUUCAUUCUCUUUUGUGAGGGAUUAUUCAAAUGGCCAGAACGUUCUAUCCUCACCGGAAGAAAAGCCAAUGUUUUAUUCAGGCGGAUUCAAAUGCGCAUGCCGCGUAGGCUACAGUCUAUCCAGCAACGGAUUCUCGUGCGACAGCACUUGUGGCGGCUACCUCAAAUCUUCGAACGGAUCGAUCGCCUCGCCAAACUUUCCGGAGAUGUACCCGAGUUCGAAAACGUGUGUCUGGGAGAUUGAAGCACCCGAAGGUUACCACAUCUUCCUGAACUUCACCAAAUUUAACGUGGAAGGAAUGAGAACUGAGUGUGCUUACGAUUACGUGAAGAUUGGAGACAGCGAGAAACUCUGUGGAGAGUACCGUAAGUUAUAUUCAACUUUCAGAGGUCUGACAAAAACCUUUUUGACAGACGAACCACUACUCUUCACAACACCCCGUAAUCGCGUUCGCAUCGAAUUCAGCUCGGAUUCAUCCGUCGAGCGUGAUGGAUUCUUCGCAAACUUCAUCGCAGACUUUGAUGAAUGCCAGAACGACAAUGCUGGAUGCGAGCAUUCGUGCCAAAACCGAUUAGGUAAUUCACGAGUUUGAUGGAUCCGACUGAAUCCAUCAAUUUCCAGGGUCGUAUGUGUGUACGUGUAAUGCUGGCUACAUCUUGGCAGAGGACAAGCACAACUGUAAAGAGGGCAGCUGCUUUUUCGAAGUCAAUGCACCGGCCGGUAUCUGAGUGGAUUGUUCGAUAUGUUCUUUUUCGAAUGUACUUUUAGGUGAUAUCAAUUCUCCAAACCAUCUGAACGACUACCCAAAAGGACAAAACUGCUCCUGGCACUUUGUAACCACUCCCGGACAUCGGCUAAUGCUCGUAAGACAUCAGAACCAAAAACAAAUUCUCUUUCUUUUCGCAGACGUUCUCCAGUUUCCAAGUCGAAGAGCACUCGCAGUGCAAGUACGACGCCGUUUCGGUGUUCGACGGCGGAGAUGGUUCCUCCCAAUUAGCUGGUGAGUUGGAAGCUUUCAUGACUGUUGGCUGUCCCCACCUCUUCCCUUUUCUGAUUUCCACUUUUCACAUACACUUUUUGGUCAGGCGUUUUUUGCGGAUUGGCCCCGCCUCCUUUGCUUCUGUCAUCCUCCAACGAGCUCUAUCUCACUUUCACUUCCGACGCGUCCGUCUCGAGACGAGGCUUUCAGGCUCAUUACACUUCUGGUGAGCCCCUUUUUGUUUUGUUUUGAUUGAAGUCGUCGAUUGUCAGUAAUGUGAUGUUAUGUUUCAGUGUGCGGAGGACGACUCAGCGCCGAAUCCACUCCCGGACACAUCUACUCUCAUGCGACUUUUAGUGAUAGCAAGUAUGGAAAGAAUCAGGUACGUCCGUCUUACGGUAGACUUGACAUUCCUCGUGAUGAUUCUAAGAAUGAGCAUUAGUCAGAACUACCAGUUUUUUUCACCUUUUGAAACCAACGGAAUGGAAAUGUUGAUCUAAUUUGUUACACAUGGUUCACAGCUUUUCUCUAUGAAACUACAGUAAUCCUGACUGAACAGACUGGUCGCGGACCUAUUUAGAUGAUCUUUUGAUUAAUGACGCAGUCUGAAUAGUUUUUUAGACCAUCUUAUCUACAUAAUUACCCCCUUUCCUCCGGUGCUCUCUUAUUCCCUCUUCUGACAUUUUUUGUUCGUUUUUUGCAACGAAAGCUUAUUUCAAUUUCACAUUAUUCAAAUCGGCAAUCUCAUUUCCUUCUGCUUUUGAGCUUCUUUGCAAUUUCUAACUGUAUAACGACUUUCUCAUUCAUUCUAUUCAAUUUCCGCUCACUUUUUUCUUAUGACGUGUGAUGGGAGAGUCUGCUCCAGCGUUUUUCUUCGGUUUCUCAGCUUAGCACACACACACACACACACACAAAAGUUUCGAGAUUUGGAGGAGGCAGAAACGAAUGCCCGGAGGCCUUGAACGACGAGAAAGUGGGCAGGGGAAAGAGUAUUAGAAAGGGGACCUCUUGGCGCCCGGGCGCCCGGCGACCAAGGCCCGCAGGCAUGGAAAGAGUCGGGCUACGGUACUUCUUUUGCUCACGUACACCAUUUUAUUGCUAUGCUCAUAGUUAUGGGACUCCAAUUAUGCAUUUACGAGUCGAUUUUUUCUUUUUUAGGACUGCUCGUGGAGUGUGACAGCAAAAUCGCCAGGACGAGGUGUACGCAUUCAUUUUUCGACGUUCAAUAUUGAAUCGGAAGAAGGGUGUCAGUACGAUUAUAUUGAAGUAAGAAACGUUGGAAGGGUUACGGUAGUUGAACAAUCUACCGUAAUCCUUUCUGAAUCCUAGCUAAUUGAAAACAACACAAUUGUACAGAUAUAUGAUGGGUCAGAAGCCACGCCUGAACUUCUGAUAGGAAGAUAUUGUGGAGAUGCCAUCCCGGAGCCCGUCACAAGUACUGGUAAGCAAGGGGCAAUAUGACAAGAGCACAAAAAUACAUAAAUGUACCUUUUUGCAGGGUCCGAGCUCCUUCUGAUCAUGCAUACUGACAACGCAGAAGAAGAGAAAGGAUUCGUAGCUGAGUAUCGGGAAGCCAAGAGAUCCACAACUUCCAAACGGAAAAACCAGCUGCGAACUCGUCACGACCCAUUCCAAGAGCCUAUUCAUGAUCGACUCAAAGAAUAG